AUGUUUCAGACAUGUGUCUCUGGCGCAAGUAUGCCACGAUACCCAUGCUCAUUGCAUUUCGACGAUGAGAUGGAAUGUUAUUGCAACACAAACUUUUGCAAUACUCCUCAUUUGUUUCAUACUGAAGAUUUGAAGAUUCUUCCGAUCAUUGCAUGUAAAGAAGUACACGACAGGACUUAUGCUCCCGUUUCUUGUAAUAAUUGUCUCAGAAUUAUGGUUUAUGUCAAAAACAGAAUUGGCCCAAGUCCGUCUGAUGAUGAAGAACUGGUUCAAUGUAGUUUACAAGGAGAAGGAUCAGAUUUUGUUUUCGAUACAGUAUCUAUGCGAGAAGAAAUGAUUGGGCGGAACUUUUUCGCAGAUUCCUGCUACAACGUAUCAAUGCAUAAAGAUCAUUUUUAUAUCUACUGUAGAUGCACAAAGGUGAAAAACGUGAGGAAAAAAAACAAAAGUUUGUUCCAGACUGAUUGUAAUUCUCCCGAAGUUCCGAUACCGUAUCCUCUCCCACCACCUACCGUAUCCUGUUACACAAGUGGAUAUGAUGGUCAAGUGAAUCCGAAAAAGUAUGAAAAACCCGACACUUAUUUUAAUGAUAAUUACCAAAUGCUAAUGGGUAAUGACAGCUAUGUAGACGAGAAUAGUACUUGCCGCGGAGGUUUGUGUUUCGUGGCAUCAGUUCUAGCUCAAAUUGGUGAAAAUGAAAUUGAUAUCUACUACAAAGGAUGUAUUUCAACAAAUGAGCAGGGAGGCUAUUCCAUUCAGCUUAAACGAGACAGAUAUGACAUGGAUAAGUACCCGAAUCAGAAUACAGACUUGAAAGAUUUGAACGAGGAAGUUAAUUGCAAUACAGAUGCAGAUUCUGGAGAUUUUCUAGUGGGCUCAAGCAUUUAUAUGCCAGAGAGGUUACUUCGAAAUUUCUUUGCAAAGGCUUGUUAUAAUGUUUCAAUGCAUCGGGAACACUAUUAUAUUCACUGCAGAUGUGUGGAACCGAGCUGUAACACUCCGGAGACUCCAAAUCUACCGUACCCCAUAAUCCCCGGAAGAACAAAAUGCUUCACAAGUGGAUAUGACGCUGACGUUGAUAACAGAAAUUACGAGAAACCAAAUGUUCACUACAAGAACAACUAUGACUCACUGCGAACAAAUGAGUCAUUUGUGGAUGAAGGAAGUGAAUGUGAAGGGCACUACUGUUUCAUUGCGGUUUAUGUUAUUUACAUUAAUAAUGGUGCAAAUGAAACGUAUUACUUUAAAGGUUGCAUAUCAGCAAACGAACAAGGGGAUCAGAAAUUAUCGGUGAUUCCUGAUCACUUGUUCCUCUAA